AAUUUCCUUAAUAAAAAUGCAUUCGAGGAAUCUUUGCGAUUGAUUUCACAUUUGUGUUUAUUGACGGAAAUUUGCAGUUACGAGUGAUCAUUGGAAAACGGGAAACCCUAAGAUUUGACGGAGCUCGUUUCUCGUUACUGGGAUAAGAUAUGGAGGGAACAGGACAUGGUGGGAGCAGUGUGGACAUGUUCUUAAGGAACUACAAGCUUGGGAAAACGCUUGGCAUUGGUUCGUUUGGGAAGGUGAAAAUCGCAGAGCAUGCUUUGACAGGGCACAAAGUUGCUAUAAAGAUCCUCAACCGUCGCAAGAUCAAAAACAUGGACAUGGAAGAAAAAGUUAGAAGAGAGAUCAAAAUAUUAAGAUUGUUUAUGCAUCCACAUAUUAUCCGCCUUUAUGAGGUCAUAGAGACACCGUCGGAUAUUUAUGUUGUGAUGGAGUAUGUGAAGUCCGGUGAGCUGUUUGAUUACAUUGUGGAGAAGGGUAGGUUGCAGGAGGAUGAGGGUCGCAAUUUCUUUCAGCAGAUAAUUUCUGGUGUGGAAUACUGCCACAGGAACAUGGUGGUUCAUAGAGAUCUUAAACCUGAGAACCUGCUCUUGGAUUCCAAGUGCAAUGUCAAGAUUGCUGACUUUGGUCUAAGCAAUAUCAUGCGGGAUGGUCAUUUCCUGAAAACAAGCUGUGGAAGUCCAAACUAUGCUGCCCCAGAGGUUAUAUCUGGGAAGCUGUAUGCUGGACCAGAGGUUGAUGUGUGGAGCUGUGGUGUUAUCUUGUAUGCUCUCCUCUGUGGUACCCUUCCUUUUGAUGAUGAAAAUAUCCCUAACCUCUUCAAGAAAAUUAAGGGUGGUAUAUAUACCCUUCCCAGCCACUUAUCACCUGGUGCGAGAGAUCUAAUCCCACGAAUGCUUGUGGUUGACCCCAUGAAGCGAAUAACUAUUCUCGAGAUUCGUAUGCACCCCUGGUUCCAGGCUCAUCUGCCCCGCUAUUUGGCUGUUCCUCCACCAGAUUCUAUGCAACAAGCAAAAAAGACUGACGAAGAUAUUCUUCUAGAGGUGGUUAAGAUGGGGUUUGAUAGGGACACCCUCAUUGAGUCUCUUCGAAACCGAGUGCAAAAUGAGGGCACUGUGGCAUAUUACUUGCUACUGGAUAACAGGUUUCGUAACUCGAGUGGCUAUCUUGGAGCUGAAUUCCAGAAACCUAUGGAUGGGUUCAGCCGUAUGAGUUCGAACGAGGCUGCUACUUCAGUUAUGGCACAACGCCCAACUACAUAUAUGGAUUAUCAAGGAAUAAAUAUUCGAAACCAAGUGGAAAGGAAAUGGGCUCUUGGGCUUCAGUCUCGAGCUCAUCCUCGUGAGAUAAUGACGGAAGUUCUCAAAGCUUUGCAAGAACUGAAUGUGUGCUGGAAAAAGAUAGGACACUACAACAUGAAAUGUAGGUGGGUUCCGGGUGUUGCCGGCCAUCAUCAAGGCAUGAUAAACGACUCUAUGCAAAGUAACAAUUAUUUUGGUGAUGAGUUGACGAUCUUAGAGAAUGACGGUGCUAUGAACCCCCCCAAUGUAGUCAAGUUUGAAGUCCAGCUUUACAAAACGCGUGAGGACAAGUAUCUGCUCGAUCUACAAAGGGUUCAGGGACCGCAAUUUCUGUUCUUGGAUCUUUGUGCUGCAUUUCUCGCUCAGCUUCGUGUCCUCUAGAAAGACGGAUAGCAAAAUAGCCUCUCCUAAUACGAAGACCGGCUUUCUCCCUUUGGGCGAAGAAAAGCUUAGCCUGUAAAUAUAUCGAGUCUUUGAUUUAGGGUACUAUACCUAUGUUCAGUUUUUCUAUUUUGUUGGCUGGUGAGCCGAUCUUUUUGCUGACUCACUACGAGUCGACUCAGUUUGUGUUCUUGUUAGCAUAGAAAACCAACCUUUUUUCUUGCAGACUUUUUAUAUGCAUGCUGAUGUUUCUGUAUAAUUAUGCUCUCUGUUUAUCAACUCUUGUGUUUUUGACCUGAGAGCUUGAAAAAAUGGAGAUGGUUUAGACUUUA